AUGGCGGAAAUUUUCCUUACUUUUGCUGCUGAGGAAAUACUGAAGAAGGUGGCUUCGCUUGCAGCUCAAGAAUUCAAUCUUGCCUGGGGAUUCAAAGCAGAGCUGACAAGGCUCAGUGAAUCUUUGAACAUGAUUCAAGAUAUCUUAAGUGAUGCUGUCGAGCAACCGCAAGGUCGGGGCAAGGCGGUAGAGGAGUGGGUGAAGAAACUUAAACAUAUAGCUUAUGAUGCUGAUGAUGUGUUGGAUGAGUUCAAAUAUGAAGAUCUUCGGAGUAAAGUAGGGCUCCGAAACCAAAUCCACAUAAAGUACGUCCCUCGUGGAAUUGUAGGGGACAGAGAAACCAACUCAUUCUUAGAUAAAGAUGAAAACAUCGUUGGAAGGAAGGAGGUUGUGUCAAGUUUUGAAUCUGAAGUUUAUUUUGUGACGAGGAAACAAGAAGAAAGAGUUGUGGAUAGUUUUGAAUGUUUUGUUGAAAUUACUAAUCUCAACGCCACUUUCUCAGACCUCAAAACACAGCUCAACAAAAACAGCACCCACUUUGCCACGGCACAGCAGGCCAGGGGUUCGGAUCCCGUCUACGCCAUGGUGCAGUGCAGGAACUACCUCUCCGCGGCUGACUGCGCUGCUUGCUUCUCUGCCGCGGCGUCCCAAAUUCGCAACUGCUCCGCUGCGAACGGUGCCCGUGUCAUCUACGACGGUUGCUUCCUCAGGUACGAGAGCGCUGGGUUCUUUGACCAGACUACCCUUCCUGGUAAUGUAGGGAUUUGUAGCAAUAAAACUGCAUCACAAGCUACCGCAUUUAGUGCAGCUGCUGGAAAAUUGCUAGUGGAUCUCCAACUUGCAACACCAAAGAUCAACGGUUUCUUUGCAGCAACUAAGAAUGAAGUUGUUACUAGUGGUAGUGGAAAUGAAACAGUAUAUGGUGUGGCACAAUGUGCUGAGACAAUCAGCAAGACUGGUUGCCAAGAUUGCUUGAAUGUGGCAUACGCCAACCUUCAAGGCUGCCUGCCUGAUACGGAUGGCAGGGCCGUCGAUGCCGGGUGCUUCUUGAGGUACUCUAGUACUUCUUUCUUCCCUUUCAACCAGACUACGAACAUAGCGUCCUUCUUAAAAACCGGAGGCAAUUCAAGAAAGAAAGCCAUCAUUAUUGGAGUCGUAGUUGGAGGUGUAGGUCUUCUUAUUCUCAUUGUUGGAGUUUUUCUCUAUUUUAAGCUUUCAAGAAAGCCCGAGGCUGCUCGUAGAGGUGAUAUUUUGGGUGCAACCGAGUUGCAAGGACCAAUGAAUUACAAAUAUAAAGAUUUGAAGUCAGCAACAAAAAACUUCAGUGAAGAAAACAAACUUGGAGAAGGAGGAUUUGGGGACGUCUACAAGGGUACUCUAAACAACGGAAAAAUAGUUGCAGUUAAAAAACUAGCAAUUCUCCAAUCCGACAGGGCAAAGGCAAAUUUCGUAAACGAAGUGAAGCUGAUAAGUAACGUUCAUCACCGGAAUCUCAUUCGUCUUCUUGGAUGUUGUAGCAAAGGACCAGAGUUACUUCUCAUAUAUGAAUACAUGGCAAACAACAGCCUCGACAGAUUCAUAUUUGGUCCAAAAAGAGGCUCUCUCAACUGGAAACAGCUAAAUGACAUAAUCCUGGGUACAGCUAGGGGUCUUGCCUAUUUACAUGAGGAGUUUCAUGUAUGCAUCAUACAUAGAGAUAUAAAAACCAGCAAUAUUCUUUUGGAUGAUAGUUUCCAGCCAAAAAUUGCAGAUUUUGGGCUGGCAAGGCUUCUACCAGAUGAUCAGACUCAUCUUAGUACCAGAUUUGCUGGAACAUUGGGAUACACAGCACCUGAAUAUGCAAUUCAUGGACAAUUGUCAGAAAAGGUGGAUACAUAUAGUUAUGGUGUGGUUGUCCUUGAAAUCAUAAGUGGCCAAAAGAGCAGUGAAGUCAAAUCUGAUGCUAUGGGUGAAUUUCUACUUGAAAAGGCAUGGAAACUGUAUGAGAAUGGCAAGCACGUGGAGCUGGUGGAUCCAAAUCUGGAUCCAAAUGAAUACAAACCAGAAGAUGUAAAGAAGAUUAUAGAAAUUGCUCUGAUGUGCACUCAACCAUCAGCUGCUCAAAGGCCUACAAUGUCUGAAGUUAUAGUUCUACUUAAAAGCACUAGCUCCUUGGAGAAUAGGGCUCUCACUAGGCCUGUUUUUGUUGAUUCUGAUAAGAGAGUGAAGGGAGACACAUCAACCUCUACUGCUUCCUCCACAUCCAACGCCACCGUAUCGGUUUCUCAAGUUUCAGGUCGCUAAGUGCUAAUUAAAGCAGUAUAUUUCAACUCUUGUACUUCAAAUUUGGAAGUUUCCUUCCGAUGUUCAGUUUCAAAACAAAGACCUUUUAUUUUUAUUUUUAUGUCUACUAGGAUUGUUAACAACAGUGAUUUCACACUCCUUUUUCUUUGUUUGAAUUCCUCUUGGUUUUUCAUGUAAAGCACAA